UCUCCCUUCUCUGAAGUACUCAAAUCUGUGACAAUGGAGGCUCUGUUCCAAGAAUUCAUAGCCACAUCAAACGACUUCGUCUACAACCACCACUCGAAUAACCCAGUGGAUUCCCAGAUGCGAUUCCUCAACACCAAUCAUCUCCUCCAGAUGAAGAAACCUCCUGCUCAUCAUCAACCCCAAGAAACAGGGGAAGAAGAAGGUGACUACCCUGCUACGACCCUCAAGUACAUAAGCCAGAUGCUGAUGGAGGAAGAGGACCUGGAGACUCAGCCUUGCAUGUUCAGAGACUGUAUGGCUCUCCAAGCCACCGAGAAGUACUUCUCCGAUGCUCUCAACGGCACCGCCGCCGGCGUCAUUCCUCUGCCGCCGCCGGAAGGGUUCUCCUGGACCAGUUCUCUGACCAACUCCUCCUCCUCUUCCGAUGAACCUUCCUUCGAUUUGAGUCCCCCCGUCGCCAACGGUUCCCCCGAGGGAAAGGGGAAAAGGAACCACAAUUCCACUUCUUCUUCCUCGGAAAAUGAUCAAGAGCCCAGGAACAAACAAUUGGCGAGUUACUCCGACGAAUCCGAGGUCGCCUUCGACGAUUUGUUUCCCUGUACCAGGAAAGACCCAAAGUCUGAACAACCAUCACAGCAGAGUGAGCAAUCCAAGGGGGGAAGAGGACGAGGAAGAAGAGGGAAGAAGAAAACGAAACAGGAAUUCGUGGAUUUCAGAAGCUUACUGACCCAAUGUGCAAACUCCAUGGCGAAUCAAGAAAUCAGGACAGCCAUGGGGACUCUGCAGAAGAUCAGGCAGCACGCCACUCCUCAGGGCAACGGAAUCGAAAGGGUGGCGUUUUACCUCGCCAACGCCCUCGACGCCCGCCUGAACGGGGCGGGAACGUCGCUCUACACGUCUCACCUUCCCGGCAAUACAUCGGCGGCGGACGUCCUGAAAGCUUAUCAGAUGUAUAUCGCCGCCAGCCCUUUCAAGACCGCCUCCGCCAUGAUGGCCAACAAAUACAUCGGGAAGCUUGCGGCCACCAGAGGAGCAGCCAGGCUGCACAUCAUUGAUUUCGGAAUUCUGUAUGGUUUCCAAUGGGCGUGUCUGAUCCAACGUCUCUCGGCGAGGCCCGGUGGGCCCCCGAGACUCCGUAUUACCGGGAUAGACUUUCCCCAGCCCGGUUUCCGUCCCGCGGAGCGGGUCAACGCCACCGGUCUUCGCCUCGAGAAGUACUGCCGGAAGUUCAACGUCCCGUUCGAGUUCAACGCGAUUGCCAAGAAAUGGGAGACUGUAGAGCUCGCGGAGCUCCGGCUAGAUCGGGACGACGACGUGGUAAUAGUCAACUGCCUGGACCGGCUCGGAAACGUGCCGGACGAGACGGUGGUGCCGGACAGCCCAAGGGACACUGUCCUCAGCCUGAUAAAGCACAUCAACCCGGACGUGUUCGUCCACGGGAUCGUCAACGGGGCCCACAGCGCCCCGUACUUCCCCACGCGGUUCCGGGAGACGCUCUUCCACUUCUCCUCGCUCUUCGACAUACUGGAAGAGACGGUGGCGCGCGAGGACGGCGACAGGCGGCUCUUUGAGGAGAUGGUGUUCGGGAGAGAAGCCCUGAAUGUGAUAGCUUGUGAGGGAACGGAGAGAGUUGAGAGGCCGGAGACGUACAAGCAGUGGCAAGUUAGAAGCAUCAGGGCUGGGUUCCGGCCGCUGCCGCUGGAUCAAGAGAUUGUCGAGUGUGUGAGGGAGAAGGUGAAAUCAGAGUACAACAAGAAUUUCUCGGUGGAUGAAGAUGGGAACUGGUUGCUGCAAGGAUGGAAGGGGAAGGUUCUUCAUGCUGUCUCCUAUUGGAAGCCUAGUAGUAACUAGUGGAAUAUUUCUUUGUUUUACUCCAUUUUAAGGUAAGUAAUAGAGUAAAUUCUCCAACAUAUUCAGUCCAUACCCAUCAAUUAUUUAAUCCCAAAUUAUUACUACCUCCGUCCCACUCUUUUUGUCCACUUUUGACUUUUGAAACUAUUCAUUUAAUCACUUUGACUCAUCAAAUUCUCUCAAUGUGUAAGCCUAAAUAUAGUCAUGUGUGAUCUUGUUUAAUUUGUCUUAACAUAUAGAUUAUUAAUAUAUACUUUCUAUAAUUUUUUAACAUACAAAUUACAAGAUAAAAUGGAUUAAAGUGCAUUGGAUGGUGUGCCAAAAGGUAAGUGGACAAAGAGAGUGGGACGGAGGGAGUAUAUUGUUUUACACAAAUAGUCUUUUGUUAACAUUUCCGUUAAUAACAUGGAUAUAUUUAUAUAUCCACACUUCUCUCUCUCUCUUCAAUUAAGCUUUCUCCGUCUUCUCGUACUUAUUCUCGAACCCGUUGUUGAGUAUGAAGCUCUAAACCCAAAACCAAAACGAUCACUUCUCUAUCAAUUGUUUGUCUUCUUGAAAGUUACUGGUUUCGAUUUUAGAUUCCACCAGGAAGACGAACAAUUGAUAGAGGAGUGAUUGUUUCGACUUUGGGUUCACAGAUUCGAACUCAGUGACAGAUUUGGGAAACGAUUGUUGCUAAAGGAGGGAGGAAGCUUAAUUAAGGAGAGAGAAGAGCGUGAAAUUACAAUUUUAUCCACGUUUUUAACGGAAAUGUUAACAAAAGACUACUUAAGGA